UAAACAGACGCCAUCUAAUCUUUAGCAAAAAGGAAAAAUAACAACAACCAAACUAACGGUAAACAGUUGUAUCUUAAGCCUGCAGUUAGAAGUUUUAUAAAACACGCGCCACCGAGCGCGUGGAAACGAUGGAUAGCCUGCCGAACCCGCGAGUAUUAUAGAAUACGAGUGUUGCUUGCGACUAUGAUCAAUAAUCAAAGGCCAAUCAAGGCAACACAAUUGGUCAAAGCGAGUUGAGAAUUUGGGGAUGGACGCUAUGGUACGGUUGACGACGACACUUGCCAUAACCAUCUCCCUUCUCUCAACCUUCGCAAACAUCGCUCUCACCUUCGACGGCGGCGGCGACACCAAACAACAACCAACUCUCUGCGGAGAACUCGUUCUCCCCGCCGGUUACCCUUGCUCCGAACAUGUGAUUCAAACAAAGGAUGGUUUCUUGUUAGGUCUUCAGCGUGUGUCUUCUUCUGCGAGUAUUGGUUAUCAUGCUCGAGAAUCAAGACCUCCGGUUCUGCUUCUACAUGGCCUAUUCAUGGCAGGUGAUGCAUGGUUUUUAAAUACACCAGAACAAUCAUUGGGCUUCAUCCUUGCGGAUCAUGGUUUUGAUGUUUGGGUCGGAAAUGUGCGUGGAACACGUUGGAGCCAUGGCCAUAUAUCUUUAUCAGAGAAGAAUAGGCAUUUUUGGGAUUGGAGCUGGCAGGAAUUAGCCCUGUAUGAUCUUGCAGAAAUGAUCAAUUUUAUUAAUUCAGUGACAAACUCAAAGCUAUUUGUUGUUGGGCAUUCACAGGGGACGAUUAUAUCUUUGGCUGCUUUUACUCAACCUGAGAUAGUAGAAAAGGUGGAAGCAGCAGCUCUUCUAUCUCCAAUAUCAUACUUGAAUCAUGUUAGUGCACCUAUGGUACAAAGAAUGGUAAAGAUGCACAUUGAUCAGGUAUUUCUUGCUGCUUUCUAUUAUUUUUCACAGUCAAAGUUGAUAUUUAAUAUGAAAUUGAUUGCUGGUUUUGUUCAGAUGAUUGUUACAAUGGGUGUUCAUGAACUGAACUUCAAAAGUGACUGGGGAGCCAAUCUCUUGGUUUCCUUAUGCGAUACGCGUCUAAGUUGCAGUGACAUGCUGUCAUCCAUUACAGGAAAGAAUUGUUGCUUCAAUGAGUCACGCGUGGCUUAUUAUCUUGAACAAGAACCUCACCCAUCAUCCUCCAAAAACUUGAACCACCUUUUCCAGAUGAUCCGCAAAGGUACUUUCUCCAAGUAUGAUUAUGGAAAGCUUAGAAAUCUAAAAGAGUAUGGCAACAUCAAACCACCUAAAUUCGAUCUCAGCCGCAUACCCAAGUCACUGCCUUUGUGGAUGGCUUAUGGGGGAAAUGAUGCUUUAGCAGAUAUAACUGAUUUCCAGCACACACUUGAAGAACUGCCAUCCACACCAGAGGUGGUUUAUCUUGAAAAGUAUGGUCAUGUUGACUUCAUUUUAAGCUUGCAAGCAAAACAAGAUCUUUAUGACCCUAUCAUCAAUUUUUUCAAUUCAAUGGGGAAAGUUAGUAGUAUUUAAAGCUCGUUUCUUUCCAUUAAGAUGAAUGUAAGAUACAGUGGAGUUCCUCCACUUUGAUCUUCUGCCUGUAAAUAAUAUGAUGAUGACAGAUCCCACUUGUCUGGCUUAAAGAGAAGGGAAAUUGAAAUGCUGUUAGACCUUGCGUGAUUCA